UCUCCUCAGGGAACAGGACUCGCUCCACAAGGAAAAGAUGGCUUGCUAUCCAGCUCUGAGCUCUGGCAUCUGCGCCAGCCCCUGCGGGGUGGCUGUCCCACAGCCCAUCGCGGACAGCUGGAACGAGCCGUGCGUCCGGCAGUGCCCCGACUCCACAGUGGUGAUCCAGCCGCCCCCGUCUGUUGUGACCAUCCCUGGAGCCAUCCUCAGCUCCUUCCCUCAGGACAGCGUUGUGGGAUCCACCGGAGCUCCUCACGUUGGAGCUGGUUUUGGGGGCAGCUUUGGGUCCCGAGGCUUCGCUGGCUCCCGGGCCUACCUUGGUGCUGGGGGUCCCUAUGGCUCUGGUGGAAUCUGGGGUUACGGGGGCCUCUGUGGUUCUGGGGGCUGGCGAUCGGGCCACAGGUACCUCAAUGGCAACUGUGCGCCAUGCUAAACCUUAGAGGAAUGGCCACGGGACAGGGAACAACCAGGCAGCGAUGUGGAUUGACGGCUGAGAUUAUGGGCAUGGCUUGCAGAGGUGGUGAGCUCUGAUGUCUCCAGCUGACGCGAAUGGGACAUAUGUGCGCUCACCCCUUCUGCACAGAGGCCCAGAGACACCUUCCUCGUGCUUUACCUUGCUUCUAUGAUACUGUCCUCUGAUGCCUUCCCAGCUAAGCUCUCUCUGGCGUGAAGCCUGAAGUGCUGAUUCUUUGUUCCAUCAAAGCCCCAUUACAGAGCUCUGAGAGUGGGAAGGCGGGUGUGACUCUCCUUGACACGGUGCCAUAACCCGGCUUUUCCCAUCCUUUCACUUCUGUUUUGUCCACAGACGCACACCAGUGCUUGCCGGUUCGUAAAUGGAGGCCUAAGGGAGAGAAGCUGCCCAGGCCUCUGCUUUUACUGGGUUUCUCUCAUUUAAUCCCAACCGGGACCAAAUCAGUUACUUGAACUGGUUCCUACCAGGACUUCUUUGUCCAACCCUAGGUUGACCUGGAAUGAAAAGAAGCACAACUUGAAUGCAAGGAAUAACCAUGUAGGGAAUGGGUACUUGUAGUCUGUUUUGAAACCCUGGGAACCUAUUCCUUGUACGCUGAAUUAUAUUCUUUUUUCUCUGUAUGUAUGCUGCACUUCUCACCUGCAUUAAAAGCACUGUUGCAUCAAA